UUGUCUGCGCCGCGGCAGCAGCGCGGGCAACGGCGGGCGGCGGGAGCCGAGCGAGGGCGCGAUGCCGGGCGCGCAGGGGCUGCGGCCGGAGCCGGCGCGGGCGGCGGGCAGCUGCUGAGCGCGGCGGGACCCGCCGACCCUGCCCCGCUCCCAUGGAGGCGCCGGGCGCCGCCAAGGCCAGGAGGAGUCCCCUCGGCGGCUGCGAGGCGGCGGGGCCCGGCGAGCCCCAGCCCGCGUCGUCCCUCGGCCCCGCCGGGCGCGGCUCCCCCGGGCUGCCCGACUCGCCCGCCUACAGGCUGGAGGAUCUGGAGACCUUGGCCACUGUGGGCACAGGUACUUUUGGGCGGGUUCACCUGGUGAAAGAAAAAAUGGCCAAACGUUACUUUGCACUGAAAGUAAUGAGCAUUCCAGAUGUCAUUCGGCUAAAACAAGAGCAGCAUGUGCACAAUGAAAAGUCAGUCUUAAAAGAAGUCAAUCACCCAUUUCUGAUCAGAUUAUUUUGGACUUAUCAUGAUGAACGUUUUUUAUACAUGUUAAUGGAAUAUGUGCCUGGAGGAGAACUUUUCAGUUACCUACGUAACAUGGGACGUUUCAACAAUAGCACAGGACUGUUUUACUCCACAGAAAUUAUUUGUGCAAUAGAAUAUCUUCACUCCAAAGAAAUUGUUUACAGAGACUUGAAACCUGAAAAUAUAUUAUUAGACAAAGAAGGACAUAUCAAGCUUACAGAUUUUGGAUUUGCUAAAAAGUUGGUGGAUAGGACGUGGACUCUCUGUGGCACACCAGAAUACUUAGCACCAGAAGUCAUUCAGAGUAAAGGUCAUGGAAGAGCAGUGGAUUGGUGGGCUCUGGGGAUUCUGAUAUUUGAGAUGUUGUCAGGGUUUCCACCAUUUUUUGAUGACAACCCAUUUGGCAUAUAUCAGAAGAUUCUUGCUGGCAAAAUUGAUUUCCCCAGACAUUUGGACUUAUAUGUAAAAGACCUUAUUAAGAAGCUACUUGUGGUUGACAGGACAAGAAGAUUAGGAAAUAUGAAGAAUGGUGCAGACGAUGUAAAAAGACACCGGUGGUUCAGAUCAAUAGACUGGGAUGCUGUACCUCAGAGAAAACUAAAGCCUCCUAUAGUGCCGAAGGUAUCCAAUGAUGGGGAUACAUCCAAUUUUGAAGCUUAUCCUGAAGAUGACUGGAACAAAACCCCACCUGUACCCCCUAAGGAUCUAGAAAUUUUCAAAAACUUCUGAAUGUGGUAUUCACACUUUUUCAGAAACUGGAAGAAAAUUGAAGCGGUCUGAGCAAGUUCGCAGAAAACAACUGAGUAUCUAAAUGAAGGCAAUCUUUGAUGUAGAUGAAUGUUACCACAAUUCUCCGUGAACAUUGGUAGAUUAAAUAUUUACACAAUUCAAGGAAAGACAAGACUCUCUUUUUCCUUUGUAGAUUUGGCAUUAGUUUAGUAGAUUAUAAUGCUGAUAGUCUACUCUGUACUAGAUUUGUUAAAAUUGUAUGUUGCAUAUUUUAAAUAUUAUGGUUUAGUUCCUGCUAUGCCCAGAUCCUUUUUGCAUAGUUAUCUCAUAGACUUAAUUUUAUAAGUUUAUACUAAACUUGUGUAAUUAAAAGCACAAAUUAGUAUAUAUGUAUAUAAUGAAUACAUACAACUAAAGCACAGGAAUUGUGCAAAGAUGUAAAUUUUUGUAUUUUGCAGAGUCUAUGAUUUUUAUUUUUCAAAUAAUGUUUUUCAAGAAGUUCUCUGAAGGUAAAAAAUCUUUAAAAGGAUAAAUAAGUUUUUCAUCAACUUAUAUACAUUUUAUAAUUCUUUGUAAAAAUAGAAGUAAUUAUUAAGUUUAAAAAAGAUUUGUACCUAAAAUGUCCAAUGCCUCACAUUCGCAACCAUAGUACUUGAAAGCAGAAAGAAAAGGGGCAUGUUUUAUUCUUCCUUUAAGAAACACCCUAAUGACUUAUUUAUAAAUAUUUGUUCUGUUACGAUGAUAUGUUUUUACACACAAGAAUAUUCAGUUUCUGCACACUGUGUAUAAUGGGAUUCCCUUAGAUGUGAAAUCACUGUAAAGCAUAACAAGGACUGCAUACUGCUGAUAAAGAGCAGGUGUAAGUACUCUGUCAUUCUGCAUCACCCAGUUUCAGUUUUUGUAGGACAGUGGGUGUCUUUAAAGCCAACAUUUAAAAAAAAAAAAAAGUGUAAUCCAAAGAAUGUCACCAGCAGUAGAGCAGUUGGACUGUGUUAGUAAAGAUUACUUAAUCCAUCCUAAUAAAUUUUAUUUAUGAAACCAUAAACAUUGUUAUUGAUUAGUUAUGCUGCAAAAUACGGAAUGAUCUUUGGAUAUUUUCCGCAAAAGUAGUGGAAUUUCCUGACCUAUCUGGAAGCGAUUUUCCUGAAGUAGCUCUGCAUUUUUUUACAAUUUGCAGGCUCCCCUUAGCAACUGAAAUUGUCCCAGGAUCAGAGCACAGUCAAUGACAGGCACACUUUGAAAUUCUGUUUGUUACAGACUUCAGUGGGAGCUAUUAAAUAUUCAGCAUUCUUGAAAAUCAGUCAAAUGCCUAAAUAUGGAUUUUGGAGCCUAAUUUUAUGCUUCUUAUUCUGAAAAAUGUACACUAAACUAACUGGGAACCUUGUCUGCAGGCCUUCACUAUUAGGAGGUCUGUGCAUGCCAGAUUGGAUUUAAGGUAUAGACGCAGGGUUUGAAUUGCAUUUUGACUCUUGUGGGGGGUCUGCAAAAAAAUUAACCCUGUUCAUUGGAAGGAGCAAUCUGAUUGGAGACCCCCCCCAGCCCCCCAGGUUAUGGUUUUCAAGUCUUACAGAGGGCUCUCAUCUUUAAUGGUCUUGGGUUGUGGGGCUCAGCUCCCCACCUCAGCCCAUCAAGCUCCCCUGUAAUUUGCACCCUGUAUAGAAGUGAUCUGUUUUUAAAUUAUACUAGCCAGGUUCUGUGUGGACCACACCAAUGUCUACAUGGAGUUCACAAUACUUAAGUGUUUGCAGUAAUGCUUCAUUUUUAAGUAGCACCAAAUACUAGCAGGCAGGUAUGUGUGUGUGUAUGUAUGUACAUAUACACUUGAAAGCAGAUUUGUAUCAAAUUUCAGGGAAAUCUUUUUUUUUUUUUUCUUCGUGUUCUACAUUGUGGUAUUUCUCAUAACAUAAGGAAAUUGAUUUUGAAGUGUCUAGAUUUCAAAAAGAAAAAGCAUGCUUCCAAUAAUUGUGUUUAGAUAAUUUUCUUAGUGAAAAUGAUGGUAUUUAGACCAAAAGUAUUUUUUAAAGGCACAGCAGCUCACUGGAGUCUUACUAUAAUGGCUCAUUAGUCAUUACAGAGGAGAAGAUUAUUAAAGCAGAUGAUGUGGAUUAUUCCUCGCAAAGCUAUGUUUCUCAGUCAUAACCUGAAUUGCCCGCAGAAGUGUAGUCCAAGGACAGUUAGUUGUUCUAAACUGUGACCUGAAUGCAAUAUUCAAAUGUUCACUUGGCUCAUAACUCCAGUUAGUAAAAUACGUUUUGCUUCUGGCUUUAGUUAGAUUUAAGUCAUGAGUCUCCAACUAUAUAAGCUACCGCUGUCUUUGUCAGUUAGCUUUAAACAGCUCACAAGUACAGGUAGCUAGUGUCUUUAUUCUGUCUAAAUAGUCCAAUAUCACAUGCCACAUUCAACUUUACUGGAAAAUUAGAUCACUGUUCAUAUGCCAGAUGUAUAGGUGUUGCUGACUGCAUAACUCUUUUUGCAGAAAUACAAACUAUGAGCAUGUAUCUGGGUCACUAUAAGAAGGCAACUUAAUUGCAUGCAAGUGCCACAAUUUGAUGGUUAUUAGUCUGCUAGGUGCCUUGGGGCCUACAUUAUUUUCAUUGUGCAGUGGUCAUUGAGCAGUUUUGUUGCAUAAACGUUAUGCAAUGUUCAUGGCUUGACAUUCAAAGGGCAUAGUAUCCAGAGUGGGGAAAAAGUUUCAUGUUCACUUGUGCUGCCAGUAUUUACCAGCUAGAGAAGCUAAGAGAGCUACUGCCAAAGGCAGAUCUGUGGGCAGUGAGGGCAGUCCAGUCACAUCCCCUUUGGCUGUAUGGCAUAUGUGCAGUGAGCUCUCAGAGCUCAUCGGCUUGUCAGUGCAAUUCCAGAAACUAGGGGUGAAUGCCACCACCACUCUCCCUCUGCCCCCAGCACAGAGCCAGGGUGACCUCAGGCUGUAUGAGGGCAGGGGCAUUCUCCUGAAGGUUGAUCAGUCCUGGGCAUCUAUGGGACAGUUUCAGCCCUGUCAUCUCUUCCCCAUGCCCCUUUGCACAGCAACAGACCUGGCUAGAAGCCAGAACUGCAAACACAGUCCUGGUUUGCCCGUAGGGGUGGAGGCAGAAAGCAUGCCCUGUGCCUAUUCUGGGCUGUGUUCCCAAGCCCCAGUUGCUGCUCUGGGACCAGUCAGGGUCCCAGUACAGCAGCUGAGACUGGGAGCACAGCUUCACCUUGCCUGCAGAGUGGGCAGGAGCAGGUAGUAGUGCACUCUGGGAUACUGGAGGACCCAGCCAAGCCCUUUCAUUGUGUAACAUGCCACAUGUUCAGAUUAGUGUGUGAUACAAAUGAGCCACAAAGAUGCUCCACAUUUAAUGAGUAACAUAUUUGAGGUUGGUUCAUCAUGUUUGCAACUGGUUUGCCAUUUUUAUCGCAUGGUAAUUUGCUUGAACAUAUGGCAUGUUACAGCUUAUCAGGCUUUACACAUUAAUCAUGCGAUAAUGUCUGACAGGGACCCAAGUGUCACAUCAAAUAUUGUGUAGAAAGUGGCAAUAAAUAAAACUGACGCAGAACAGGUAGAAAGAGUCAACAUUUAACUUGGUAAAAAUACUGGUCUUUGCAAAAUGUGUUUUGCAUAUUGUAUUUAUAUGCAGGAAGUUAGUUAUUCUCCUGGUUCAAACAGGGAGACACAAGUGCAUAAAACACAGCUUGUAUUUUGUAUGAAAUGCAGUCUACUUUCUAAAAUGUAAGCUUACAGUAUUUUAUGGAAUCUGAGUACUACAAAACCAAUUUCUUAUUACAAAAUGUACAUAUUGCAACAAUACAUGUGCAGAAUUUCCAGAAUUCUCUUUUGCAGAUAUAAAACUGAACUUUUCAAGGCCUCAUUUACUUCUCUAAGCUAGAAGAAGGGAAUAACAUUAUCCUUGAAUUUUUUUUUUGUGCAUGUCACAGUGGUGGUAAUAGGUCUUUAAUUCUUUCACACCAGGAGUUAGAUUUUUGUGUAUAAACUUAUCCAUUGCUGGCAAUGGAUGUACUGAAACUCCGUGUGCCAGAAUACAGUAAAAAAAAAAAUCUAAUCAAACAGCUAAAUUAAACCAGUAAGUUGAAUGUACAUUCUCUUUGGAGCUGUGUAGACAUAUAGCUCAACUACUGAUCUCUCUUUAGUUAGAAUAAACUAAUUAUCUCUUUACAGGCUUUCUAGUAUAAAACUACUCUUCCAUUUUGAUAAUUUAUAUUCUUUAACAAUAAAACAUCUUCAUAAUGUUAUUUAAAUAAAAAUCCCUUUUCUUCUAAUUGAGAGCAGCUAUUUUCUGUACAAUCUCAGAUUUAAUGGAAGGCAUAACUGCCCACCCAUCUUAUUUAUUUGCAAAAGCAGGUCAGUUUUAUUUUAGUUCUUCGCUGUUCGGAUUUCACUGUACUGAGUUCAGUUGUAUAUGUAAAUGCUAAAUCGAGAGUUCCCAAACACUUCCUGCACCAAGGACUCCAGUUUCUACAUAAAAUUGUAAUGCUAUUCAUUUUCUAUGAGAUUAAAGUGUUGUGUUCUCUGAAUUUCUUUUUAUAAUGGGUGCUUUUUGUUUAUAUGCAUCUUUGGCAAAGAAACAAGUGCUGUUUUCCCACAAACGUGUAUGUCUUGCAUCUAUCUUCAGCUUCAAUGAAAAGGAAUGUUAACCAUUAAAAAUGAUUUCAUUUAUAUUUAAGCUGACCAAUAUAAGGUUUUAAGUGGGGGGUAACUGUUGUAAACUCAAUUGCCUUGUAACCAAAUAAUAAUAAAAAUGCUUCAUGAUUUAAAUGGAGAACAAGCUGUAGAUUUUCCUGUAAAUUAGCUGGAUCAAUGGAUAUUUGUGCUACUGAGCUUGAACUCUUGUGAUCUUCCACUGUAGAAAAACCAUUGAUCAAAAUAUAGGUUCUAAACAAUAUUAAAAUGGAUGAACAGGGAUUCUGCAGAUUUUGAAAGCAUUUAAGAUAAUGGCUGCUUCUCAGCCCAUCUGCUUGCCAUUCAAAAGUUGUGAUGCAGUGCUUCCUAUACUCUAGAAUUAUUUCUUAGCUUUCAAGGAUUUGUAGCAUGAUUCUUUUUGUACUGUACUGUGUACAGACUUUCCAUUUUUGCACUUUUCUAUGGCAAACUCUGACUGCUUUACAAAUACUCGGUUGUAUAGUAAGUAGUGGUAGUUGCAGCUGGCAUCAGUGUACUACUAAACCAAUUUGAACUGCUAGAUUUCCAAGAUUAACUUUAGACUAAUGUUGUAUGUUGUUGGUUGUUUGUCCAAUCUCACAUAUAUAUGUACUGUUCAAAGUUAUAAGUCAGCCCUCAUUGCACAAUGAAAAUCACUGUGAUUUGUACAUAAACUCCAGUAAGAUUUUACUGCUGUUUAAUUUAUGUAAUAUGUGUCAAUUCUUUAUUCAUUUAAUAAACCAUUUUAUCUUUUAAAAUGUCUAAA